CGAUACGAAACCAAUUUGUUCCGAACGGUCCGUGAAAGACUCCUGGCACAACAACAACCACCUACCGAGCGGCGAGAAGGAAACCGACGGCGGCGGCAUCCACUGAAGAGGAAGAGAGCUUGCGCGUGCGUGCCCUGCGUUCGGUGCUUUAGGGCUGUUUGGCGUUGGUCAUCAACAUGAACGUGAUGAACAACAGCAGCGGCGAUGAGCAGGUCGAGUGUCCACUGUGCAUGGAACCGCUGGAGGUGGAUGAUCUGAACUUUUAUCCCUGUACCUGUGGAUAUCAGAUCUGUCGCUUCUGCUGGCACCGGAUCCGCACGGACGAGAACGAGCUGUGCCCGGCGUGCCGGAAGGCGUACCCGGAGAACCCGGCCGACUUUACGCCACUGUCGCAGGAGCAGAUCGCGGCGUUCAAGGCGGAGAAGAGGCAACGGGAUCAGCAGCGGAGGGCGAAGAUUUCCGAAAACCGCAAACACCUCGCGAACGUGCGGGUGGUGCAGAAGAACCUGGUGUUCGUUGUCGGGCUGCCGCCGAGAUUGGCCGAUCCGGAGAUUCUGAAGAAACAUGAAUACUUCGGUAAAUAUGGUAAGAUCCAUAAAGUGGUUAUCAACCCUAGUACAACCUAUGCGGGCGUACAGGGUCCCUCGGCGUCGGCGUACGUGACGUACAUCAACAACAACGACGCGCUGAGGGCGAUCCAGAGCGUCAACAACAUCAUGAUCGAUGGUCGACUAAUAAAGACGAGCUUAGGUACGACGAAGUACUGUAGCCACUUUAUGAAAAACCAAACCUGUCCCAAGCCUGACUGCAUGUACUUGCACGAGCUGGGCGACCAGGAGGCUAGCUUUACGAAAGAGGAGAUGCAUCAAGGGAAGCAUCAGGAGUACGAGAAGCGAUUGCACGACGCCAUGCAGGCGCAGUUGGGCCUGACGACUGCUGGCGGCGGUAGCAACGGUAGCAGCGGUACUGGCGGCAGUAGUAGUGCGGGCAGCGGUGGCGCUAGCAACGCAGGUGUCGGCACCAUCGCCAGCCUGGUGUCGUCGAUAGCCACGUCCACAGUGGCGGCUGUGGUGGCGGCUACGACGGCAACGUCGGCGGCAGCGGUGGCGGCUUCGACCGGGGCAUCAACUGCAGGUGCGUCUUCCACGCUGGUGGUAAAUGGCGUCAUUGCGGGUAGUGCGGGUAGUGGUGGUGGUAGUGAGAGUGGUAUACCCAGGUCCGGCGGCGGCGGAGCCGGCGUCACCACCAGCGGCAGCGGCAGCGGCAUCGGUUUUCUCGAUUCUGGCAAAUCGUCGGCGGUUAGUGAUAUUAAACAGAUAAGCGACAUUACCAAUGGACCGAUACAGAACAAAGACGCUUGGCCCAGCUUAUCGACGGUGCCGGUCCACGGCAGCACACACGGCGGCGGCGGCGGCGGCGGUAGCAAUAAGGAGAAUAAGCUUAACGGUAAAACAGCAGCCAACGGUAGCAGCAGCAACAAGGAAAACGCCAACCGUAGCGAUCGCAAGAAUGACUCGAAAUCUCGCUCGAAAGGUGGCAAAAACAAACAACAGCAGCAGCAGCAGCAACACAACAAAAAUAGUCACGACAAUUCCAGUAAUCAUAAAGAUAGUACAACUAACGUGACUAGUGCCAACGGUGUUGCUGUCGGUGCUGCUUCUGCUGCUCCGGGCAAGGGUGGUAGUGGCGGCCUGAUCAAUGGCAAGAGUACCGGCGGCAAGACAGUGGUCAGCAAUGGGGCCAGCAAGCAGCGCGGCAACACUCACGAAGCACACGAAAAUGGUACCGCCAACGGCAAGGAGUCGCACCACAAUAGCAAAAACCUUAAGCAACAGCGUGAACGUGAACGUGAGCGCGAGCGGGAGCGUGAACGUGAGCGCGAACGUGAACGAGAGCGCGAGCGAGAACGCGAACGGGAACGCGAUCGUGAACGGGAGCAGCACCACCAGGCCAUUCUCAACGGUAACCACGGUGAUGAGCAGAACCCGGGCAAAAAGCGAAUGGACGCGAACACAAAUGGCCAUAUCAUCAGCAACGAUCUCGAUGACGAUGAUGACGAGCUGGACUUUGAGGACCUGGACAAUGACGCACUGUCGUCGGAUAAUGAUGGCAAGACGGAUUCCCCGUCGCUAAGCAGCACAGCAUCGUCACGAAACGGAGUGGAUAGUGGUUCGUUAAGUGAAACGGCCAGCGGCAAGAGUUCACCUGGUGCGUUCGUCGAUACGCUCAACAGCGGUGUCGGUGGCAGUGUGAUAGCAGCCAACGAAGAGAGUGAACUGACGGGUGAAAGUGUUGCUAACGUUAUAUCCCCGGUGGACGGUAGCGACGUUGUGGAAACGAAUCGUAACUCCUCGUCGCCCUCCACUAGCUCCUCAUCAACGGGCGACGAGAAGGUGGACAGUGACAGCAGUGCGGCUCCGACAAGCACCGCAACCACUUCGCUGUACGACAAACUGGGCGGAAACAACCCAGCCGUUACCACGGCAACCAGCAAUGGCAGCAGCAGCAUCCUGAGCAAUCACAAGCAGUUCGCCAGCAGCCUGCUCGACGCGACCGGCCGCUUUGGCAGCAAGCUCGACAGCAUCCUGGACGACAACAGCAGCUUCUUCUCGUACAACGCGUUCGAUCCGUACGGUAAGCAGACGGCGGCGGGUAUCGCCGCGGGCGCUACCGAUCUCGGAACCAUGGUGGACGGCGUCAGUCAGCAGCAGGGCGGCAACGGGCUAACAUCCUCCCAGCUGCCGGAUCUCCUGAGCGGUACAAAUGACACCAACGAACAGCACGCCAAGGAGCUGCUCAAAAACAUGGGCAACCUGCAGCUGCACCAAGCACACCAACAGCAGCCGCAGCAACAGCAUCAGCAUCAACCGCACCAGCAGCACCACCUGUUCCAGCAUGUCGCUCGGUUUCAGCAGCAUUUCAACGCCGGUCUCGGUGGGCUACUCGGCAAUGGCGAUGCUACGGCAGCCGCCAUGCUGGGAGGGGCCACGGAAGAGCUGGAGCCGGCACUGAACAAAUGCAUGCUAAGACACAAGUACAUGAUGGAGGAUCAGCACGAAGAGUGGCUUCGUUUGCAACAGCAGCAGCAGCAGCAGCAGCAACAGGAGCAGCAAAAACGUAACCACCUUAACAAUGGACUGAAUGGACUACCGCCAUUCCAUAAUUUUAACGAAUUUGGAGCGAACGAUGUAUGGCACAAAUCCCUCGCCAUGCGAGGUAGUUUCCUUAAUCAGCAACAGCAGCAGCAACAGCAGCAGCAGCAACAGCAACAGCAACAGCAACAAAGGCUACACACGGACAUGAGCCAAAUGUACGGAAACGCGAACAUAGCCAAGCUAAACAAGUUCUUCGACUUUCACAAGAAUCAACAGCAACAGCAGCAGCAGCAACAGCAACAGUUUUUACUCAACGGACACAAUUCGCCAGCGUUAGACAUGAACAUAGUCAAUCUCCUGGAGAACAACCGUCUGAACAACCAUUUUCUCGAGCAACACAACGAUGGUUUAUUAGGGUCACAGCUUCAAAAGCAGCGCCUGCAAAAUCUCAACCUUGGCCCACUGCAGAACGGUGGCAAUCCGCUGCAACAGCAGCAGGAGCAGCAUAAGGCCGCUGUAGCAGCGGCGUUAGCAGCUUCUCAGCAGCCACCUACAUCACAGCAGCCACCACAACAACCUGGCAACCGCAUGCAAAAUCCCCAGCAGCAGCAGCAACAGCCGCCGAGUCAGCAGCAACAGCAGCCGUCGGUGAUGAUGCAGUACUUGCAGAAUCCGAACGUCGACGAUGAGCUCGGGUUCGAUCCGUUCUUGGAAACGCAGAAGGGUCUGGCCGAGCUGAUGAACGACGAGAUGAACCAGCAGCAGAUGCCGCCGAACGCGGCGAACCACAGCAAGCUGAUGGAAAACGUUCAGCAGCAACAGCAGCAACAGCAACAUCAGCAACAACAGCGAACUCGUAUGCCACCACCCGGCUUCAAUCACAUGAACGCUUUCGGAUUUGGAGUACCGCGAGCACAAAGUAGCAAAAUUCUGCCCUUCAUGAACGGUGGCAUGCCACUGGCCAAUGGUCAACCGCAGCCACAGCAGCAACAACAGGCACCGCAGAACGGAAACUGGAACCCACAGAUGCAGCAACCGUUCAUGCGUUUCCAGCAGAACGAGCCGAACCAUCUGGCGCAGGCUCAGCCACAGAAUGGGCUCAACAAACCGGCAUACGGUAACAACUUCACCGACUGGACGUCCCUCGAUCCGGCCAUCGUUUCGUACCGUCAGUUCUCCUUUAUGAACGGUCCCAACCAGCCGGGCGCAGGCGACAUGUUCCUGAACGCUCAGCAGCAGCAACAGCAGCAGCAAAUGAAUCAGCAGCAAAAUCUUCAACCUGGACAAGGUUUCGGACACCAUGGUCUCAACUUGCAGUCGAACUUGAUGGGUCAACAGCAGCAGCAGCAACAGCAAGCUAAUCCACAGCUUAACUUUCCUCAUACCAAUUGGCUCAACAACGAGCAGAGCGUCUACAUGAACGGGCUCACCAACGGCGGUUUCCCGAACGGCUUCGACAAGUUCUCGAUCCCCAUGCCCCCGGGAUUCCAGAACAACGUCCCCGGCAACAACAAGCAGAAGGCCGAGUGCAUCAACUAAGCAGUACGAACAUUGCAGAUCAGCACCGAAGAAAAUCUUGCAAUGUCACACACACACAUAUACACAUACAAUACACGCAUUCACAUUUCCGAUCGACCAGGACUUCACAACAACCCAGCAACAAUCAAUUUUGGAUCCCAACCAGGACAGCAACCAACACGUGGACAUCUAACUUACCUCCUUAACACCUCCCGCAUGGCAGAAGGCGCACACAAUGGUGUCACCCCGAACGACGGACGAGUAGGGAGGGAGGUGAAAGCGAUCGUGAUCAGUAGAGAGAAAAUAUGCGUACACUCUGUGGUAUCUAUCUUAGAUGAACGUGCGGUAGGGUAAGAUAAAUAGAAGUGGCCCGUUUUAGCGCUUCUACAACUUCAACGGUGUGAUCGCUAUCAAAGAUUAAAAAAAGAUGAAAGCGAUCACGAAAAAAUCGGCAAGCGUCUUAAAGAAAUUACCAUGUUUAUUACACAAACACACAAAAAUGGUAAUGUUGCCCACAGUGGGUACCAUUUAAAGUCACAUAAAGAGGAAAAUGCAUAGAAAGAGACAGGCACUACAACUCUGAGUUGCAUCGAAGGUGCCGCCUCGUCUAAGGAAACCCAAAAGACUCUGAAUAAAUUGUAACGUAAAGUGCAACAAAAGAGGGCGGUGGUUGAGCCGGUACGAAGAAAAGUUAAACUGACGAAGCCCUUCCGCGUCGAGGGUAGCGUGAAUGGUUGGCCAUUUGCGGCCCAAACCGAGGAAGGUGUGGAUAUAGGAUGAUGAGAGAGUGACAGAAAGGAAGGACACAUCGGAUGAGAAAAGCAAGUUAAGAUUUCAAUCGGUUUCUUCCGAAACCCACAAGGUUGCGCAAUGGCGAACAACGCGAGAAGUGCGCGCAUCGAAAUGGGAGCACAGCUGUUACUUUUAAUGGUUGUCGCCCCCCGGGGCUUGGGUAUAGUUUUUGUGUAUUGUGCACAAGGGACAGCAUAACACGUUCUUUACCAUUUCAGAUAGAAGGCAUUUCCAAUUCCGCUUCUUUACUCGGCUUUAUGAUAACAUUCGGAACUGAGAACCCGAAUCCGUUUGAAAUGUUGCAGAAGUGUGAAACUGAUCUCUUUGUGCCGUAAUCUACGAGCGAAACUAUAUUCCAGGCACUCUCUCUCCAGGCCGCGCAUUUUAUACUUUACCACAGUUGUCAGGUUGUUUCUUUUGCUAGGCGUUUCUUUUUUUAUGGUUCAAUUUUUGUGGUACCAUGCUCUUGGAGAAACUUACUGUCAAUUUUGUAAAACUUAUUUGAAUGUUACUGAACAAAAUCAGUUUUUUGAUUCGAUAAGUUGGGGUAAAAUUACUUACAAAAAAAAGGUAAAUGGGCAAAUUGUACAGUAAAUAUGACGAGCGAGACAGUUUGUAGUUUUGAUUGUGAAUCCUUAA